CUCGUAUUUAUAAACAACGUGUUGCUCUCACCAUCUUUCUCUAUUUUUGGUUUGAACACUUCCACUCUUUAAACAACCUGUCAUUCAUUCAACCAACGCCUCACCAGUGCUCAGUAUUCACGAACUCACUGCACCUACUCACCUACUUCCUCGGCUCUUAACGACGACAUUCAUAACCCUGCCCACCGCUCGCUCUUUCUUUUCCCAGCCAGCAUGAAGUUGUUCGCUAAACUUAUCGCACUCGUGGUUACCACUGCAGUCGCUGCGCCCGCUCACGAUGUUAAGCCUCGCAACCUGGUUGACGACGCCGCCCCGCAUCAGGAUGACCCCAACUUCAUCAGUGCCGUGAUGCGCGCCCACUGGUACUGGCGUCGGCUUCACUGCGCUCAGGACCUUAUCUGGGAUACUGCACUUGCGGACGCUGCUCGCGCCGACAUUUCGCAGUGCACCCAACAUCCUGAGCAUCAUCGCUCCGGCAGUAACCUAUCCUCCGUGAAACCACCCCCUAGCAACUACGAUGAGUGGAUCGAGUUCGCCCGUACCGCUACCCACGGCUGGCACGAGGAAGAGACCAAGUAUCCAUACGACAAUCCCCACUACGACGACGCCUGGGGUCACUUUAGCCAGAUGGUAUGGCGCAACACCACUCGUGUUGGUUGUGCUGUAGGACACUGCGAUGAAGGCAGGGUCGAGUGGCCGGGACGCUUCUAUUGCUACUACGAAUUCUUUGGCAAUAACAUUGCGCCAGGGCAAUUCGAGGCGCAGGUUUGGGGCCCUGUCUGCAGCGACCCUCUUUUCGGCGAAGCCACGGAGCGUGAGAACGUUCACUUCAACUGGGCUCGCAAGUAGAUAAAUGCUCCCACCGACUGCACACGCCUGUCUUGGAGCUAUGGUUGACUGCCCUCGGUCCGUCCAACUCUUUGACAACAUUGCGACACCGCCAUCUAACGGUAUACGACUACACCACGAUGCUCUCUUGUGUCCGAAAAUCAGCUUUGAUGCUACAUUUUCGUCUUUUCGAGAUGCCCAGCUUCAGUUUUUUGUGUCCUAAUUCAUGCGUAACCUUGGGCAGGAGAUGUUUUGGUAGCACUUUCGGUAUUCUUUGCAUCAACACUUGCGAAAAUUCAGGCAUUGAUAUCAUAGGGACUUACGCUGGUCAACUGAUAGACAAACCCUAUGCUCCUAAUAAUACGAUCAUCC